UGGCUUUUGGUGUUCCCUGCAACAUGCAUUGCAUUCAUAAUACUCGGAUCAACUUGGAUUUGUGGUGCUAGUAGCUCAUGAAACCGAAUCAUGCAUAUUUCUUGUGUUUAAUUUUGUUUGUUCGUGCAUGGAUCUACUGGCUUUAUCUUUUCUUUCGAUUUUUUUUACACUUUCUUGAUAUAACUGAAUCUUUAAUAUAAAGCAUCACAGGUUGUCUCCUCCUAUAUAUAUAUAAGGUGCAACCAAGCAUUGGUAUCAGAUUAACAUACAGACUCGUAUCUUAUUAGCUAGACUAGAGGUGAAACUAGAAGGAAAUAAGCAAGAAAAUCAAGGAGGAGGUGAUCUUGGGGAUGGGGAACACCCCAGAGAAGGUGAAGCUGCUACUGGGGGUGCUGGUGCUGCAGUGCUGCCUGGCAGGGUUCCAUGUGGUAACCAGGGCAGCCCUCAACAUGGGCAUCAGCAAGAUCGUCUUCACCGUCUACCGCAACUCCAUCGCCUUGGCUUUGAUCACCCCUUUCGCCUACUUCCUCGAGAAGAAAAAUAGGCCACCCCUGACCUUCUCUUUGCUGGUCCAGUUCUUCCUUCUUGCCUUCUGUGGGAUUACCUGCAACCAGGGGUUCUACCUUCUUGGUCUGCACUACCUGUCCCCAACCUAUGCUUCUGCUAUCCAAAAUACUGUCCCCGCGAUCACCUUUGUCCUUGCUGCUUGCCUAAGGCUAGAACAGGUAAAUAUCAAGAAAAGAUAUGGGAUGGCAAAAGUGAUUGGCACAGUGGUAAGCAUAGCAGGAGCCACCAUCAUCACCCUCUACAAAGGGAUACCACUGAUGAACUUCAAGUCAUCUCAUAUGUUGGGAGUCAGCGUUGUGUCUCCAAACAUCGUAUGGAACUGGACAGUGGGCUGUCUCUUCCUCCUUGGCAAUUGCUCUGCCUGGUCUGGAUGGAUGGUUCUUCAGGCCCCAGUGUUGAAGAAAUACCCAGCCAGGUUGUCAGUGCUUGCUCUCACACUGGUAUUUGGGCUGGUUCAAUUCUUGGCCAUAGCAGCAUUCUGUGAGAAUGACAAUGAGAAGUGGAAGCUUCAUUCUGGAGGAGAGCUCUUCACAAUCCUCUACGCUGGUCUAGUGGCUUCAGGGGUCGCCUUGUCUCUGCAGAUCUGGUGCAUUGACAGGGGUGGUGCUCUCUUCACAGCUAUCUUCCAGCCAGUACAAACCGUCAUGGUUGCCAUCAUGGCUGCUGUCAUUCUUGGCGAUGAACUAUAUACAGGAGGGAUCAUAGGAGCUGUCCUCAUAGUGAUUGGCCUCUACUUUGUCUUGUGGGGUAAAAGUCAAGAGAAGAGUAGUAACCAAGGAAAUGAGCCAGAUUUGUCAAGGCGUCUCCUUAGUGAAGAGUCCUCUCAAGAAGAGAAGUCUGUGACAAAUGAUAUUCCAUGAGAACAGAAAACGGAAAUGCUAUUGUAUAAUCACGUGCAUACUAAUAUGACAGAUGCAUCUUCAAAAAAAAAAAAAAAAACGAUGCAAGGUCAUGCAAGUGUGUAUAGUUAGUGGUGUUAAUUUAGAAACAUUUAUAUUUCUUUGCUUGGUGUUAUUCUGAUAUUGAUGUUGAGCACUGUAUUGUCACAGAAAGAAUUCAGUUCCAACCACACUCAAUAGGAACUGAUGGAGUUGACAAUAUAAAGCAUUAUUUCCU